CCAACAACAUCCGGGAUCUUUCAAGAUGUCAGCCUUCUGCAACAGAAUUGCCGGUCGAGUCCAUAGGGCUCUUAAAAUUCAAAAUGUACGUCAGCUGUCAGUCUCGUCUCCCUACUGUGCUGGUGAACAGGGCAAGCUGUUUCCAGUGGUCAAGACUCCCAUGCUACCAGAAGGCUCAUUUAAAGGAAAGACAGUUUUCAUAACAGGAGGAGGUACUGGUCUGGGAAAAGGAAUGACAACAAUGCUGGCUCGACUCGGAGCACAAGUUGUUAUCACCAGUAGAAAAAUAGAUGUGCUUGAAAAAACAGCAGCUGAAAUUUCCAAGGAAACUGGAAGUAAGGUAAUUGCUGUGGCUGCUGACGUGAGAAAGCCAGAGACAAUAGAAAAGGCUGUUGACCAGUGUGUGGCAGAGUUUGGACUACCACAUGUUGUUAUAAACAAUGCUGCUGGAAAUUUUAUAUCACCAUCAGAGAGACUUUCUCCCAACGCUUGGAGGACCAUCACAGACAUUGUACUCAAUGGCUCUGCCUAUGUAACUCUUGACAUUGGCAAGCGCCUCAUAGCCGCAGGACAGGGUGCUGCCUUCCUUGCUAUAACUACCAUAUACGCAGAAAGUGGAUCAGGUUAUGUCUCUCCUAGUGCCGCAGCCAAGGCAGGAGUUGAAGCCAUGACAAAAUCUUUAGCAUCUGAGUGGGGAAAAUAUGGCAUCAGGUUGAACUGUAUUGCCCCAGGACCUAUCCAAACAGUGGGUGCAUUUAGCCGUCUGGACCCCACUGGUCAGUUUAUAGAUAAUGUAAAGGAAGUGAUGCCAGUAGGGCGCCUUGGAGAAGUAGAAGAGAUUGCUAACCUGGCUAGCUACCUCGUCAGUGACUAUGCUAGCUGGGUAACAGGAGAGGUUGUACGGUUCGAUGGAGGAGAAUUUAUCGGUAGAGCAGGAUCAUUUAAUGAACUUCGCCAGGUUACAAAGGAACAGUGGGACAUAAUGGAGGAAAUGAUUCGUAAUACCAAGGGAUCUUAAUUGCUACAUAGGGCUGAAUUUGAAUUAAGACAAACGUGAUCAACACCUGACUUAGAUGCAGUGGAAAGUUAGAACCAAGUCUUUAUUACUCUUUGGAUCAUUAAGGAUCCCUACCACAUGGAAUAUCCUAGUAAAUAAGGAUCUAGUGGAAUCAGCUUAGGUAAUGAUUACUGAAAGUGGUUAAUGGUUUCAAGUGUUUGUGAUGACUGAACUUGUCUAAAUGUGGCCUUAAAGCUUACAAUUGUCAAUGUUACGCCAUUCUUCAACCUGUAUUUCUUGUAAACACACUUUAUGUAAAUAAUCAAAAGUCCUUAUGCAAAAUAUUCAAGAUCAUUUACAUGACAAUGUAAGCAGAUUGACUUGCCAUUUUAUGACUAUUGUCUGACUUUAAGUCAUAUCUUUACAGUCGGUAACUUCAAUAUAUCUCUGAUUAGUAGUGUGUUACCUCCCCUUUCCCUGUAGUCGGUAGAGUCUCUUAGUAGACUAUAAUCAUCAAAAUCGUCACACUUUUUCACUUGAAAUAUCUAUUCUAGACCUGGUUCCUUUGAGGAGCAGGUAUUUUGGAGCAAAAAAAGCAACAAUAUUUUUUUCCCUGCAAGAUGUUUACUUAUUCAGCUUUUUUAAACAACUUUGUUCGGUAUUGAAAUUGCCUACCUUUUAUUUUUCUCAUAGAAUAACUCUAUAGACAAUAACACUAUUGAUUAAUUACUCUGUAUGUAGAUAACUAUAUAGACAGUCAAAUUUAUAGAUAAUUUCUGCCCUGUGUUGAAUUUAAGUUGUUGAACAGCAAAAUUAACAACAACAAAAAACCCACCAAAAGCAGAAAUUUCUGUUCCACUUUACUGAAUUUGCCAGUAUGUGAAUGCAUCUAUAUAUAAAUACAGCUGACUCAAUACAUAUACAUUUGUUCAAAGGUUAAAUUGUUUGCUUCUUUUCUGUUAUUCUGUGAUAUUGACAUGAAUAAAUUAUUUUUUUGUAAAAUGA